GGCUGCCCCUGCUUCUCCCUCUUUGUCCGGUAGCGGCAGAAAGGCCGUGAUAAUUAUGACAGAAAUUUGCGUUUUUGAAUGAAUUACAGUUGAAUGGUGGAUCAACAAGCACACACCGUAUGAGGACUGGUUUGCUGGCAAUGACACACCAGCGAGUUUCAUUUUAAAGGACAGCAGAGCAGAGCAAGCAUCGGAGAAAGGGUACAGUUUGCUUCCACGAUAGUCUGCCAGAUGGCUAGCAAUCUGCAGCUAACUCGCUAAUGUUAGCAUAGCAAACAGCAAGUUCACACAACCUAAUCGAUUUCUUUGUGCUAUACAUUAUGUGAUAUGUGUUAAAAUUAUUUGCACCUGCUCAUACAUGACUGUAGAGACACAUAUGGCAGAGUUUGGUUUAUGAUUUUUACGAGUUUUGAGUGAAAAUCUCAACGCUGCUGGUUAGCCACAUUGGGUAACGUGGCUAACUGGUUAGCAAACGUACCGUCCUGCAAGUUGCUAACCAAACAUCUGCAAGUGAUUAGAGGAGGACGGGGAGCUCUGUACCGUAUAUCUGCUGACUAACAGCUGGUAGUACGAAAACCAGCAUCAACCAACAGAAAGAAGCUGGGUUGCAUCUACACGAAAUUGUCAUAUUAGCUAAUGGCUUCCGAAUCGGGGAGACUACUGGCGGGACAAGGAAAACGAAAAGCUUCACAGAUGAAGAGCCCGGAGAAGAAGAAGGCCAGGAAAUCUUCCACUCAGGCGGCGGGGUUCUCCCACCUCACUGAGUUUGCGCCGCCUCCCACGCCCAUGGUGGACCAUCUGGUCGCCUCCAACCCAUUUGAUGAUGACUUUGGACCUCCGUCCAGACCUAGUGGGGCAGGCGGACCAGGUGGGACUCCGUUUCUCCCCAGUCCAGGUGCCGGUGGAGGAGGUGGGUAUGGAGGUGGAGGCAGGUUGGGUCCAGGCAUGAACUUCAUGGGAGGCCCGAGCGGACCGGGAAGUGGUCAGCCUGGACGCAGACCGCCCUUCGGCCCUCCGAGUAACGCUGGACCGCACCACCAGUUAGGCUUUGGAGGAAUGCCCGGCUUCGGAGGCGGAGGAGGUGGAGGCGGCGGUGGUGGUGGAGGAGGUGGGGGAGGUGGAUUUCCUCCUGGUGGCCCCUCUCAGUUCAAUAUGCAACCAAACUUCAGUCCCCCCAUGCAUCCGGGGCCAGGAUUUAACUCCAUGUUGUCUCCAGGAGGAAUGGGGGGUCCUGGAGGAGGUGGGCCGCCCCAUCCUCGUUUCGGCAUGCCCCCCCAGCAGCAGCACGGACAGGGCGGACACCCGUUCAACAGCCCACCGUUGCCCGGAGGUGGAGGUCCACGAGGGCCCUUGCCUCCCAUGGGCGGAGGCAUGGGUCCUGGGAUGAACAUGAUGGGUGGAAUGGGUGGUGGCCCUGGUGGCAACAUGGUAGGCGGAGGGUUGCCAGGUAUGCCUCCUCAAGGACAGUUUCCUCCCUCACAGGAAGGCCCCUACCCCGGCCCCAGUCCACCAGGGCCCGGCAGCGAGGAUGGGAAGAACUUUGGUGGAGGAGGGGGUCCGCCUGGUCCUCCGCCGCAACAGCAGCAGCAGCAGCAGCAGCAGCUUAACAUGAAUCCCAACGGCCCCCCGAAUAACAGCACUACACCCGGCCCGCCUUCUAACUCUGGGCCUUCACAACCAGGUGGAGGCUUUCCCAGCCACCCCGAUGUCCCACCGCAAAGUGCAAACACACCUGGCCAACCUCCGUCAGCUCCACCGCAACCCAACCCCAACUCUUCUCCUACCGGUCCGCUGAACGGAUCGGGUCAACCCCAGCACCCGCAGUCCGGUCAGCUGCAGCCCCCCAACAACACCAACACCCCGAACUCCAACAACUCCAAUCAGCAGCAGCAACAAUCAACUCCGCCGAACUCUGCAGGCUCUUCCUCUUACAACCAGCAGAACAACACUCCCGGUUCCGGUGGGCCGCUGUCCAACGCGGCCCCCAACUCAAAUCAGAACAACAUAGCUAACAACAAUGGAGGCAACACGCCUGGCAGCAACCCCAACCCCCCCUCAAACUCCACCUCGACCCCCAACACCCAGUCCCCCCUGCCUCCUGGACCCACAGCCCCGACAACCGGGCCCAGCUCAGGUCCCGGAAAACUCGGCGGACCCGGUAUGGUCUUCCCUUGCGGCAUGUGCUUGGCGGAAGUGCACGACGACCAGGACGCCAUCCUUUGCGAGGCCACGUGCCAGCGCUGGUUCCACCGUGACUGUACGGGCCUUACAGAACCGGCGUACGGGCUGCUGACCACGGAAAGCGCCGCCGUUUGGGCUUGUGACUUCUGCAUCAAGACCAAGGACAUUCAGGCCGUGUACGUUCGCCAGGGUUUAGGCCAGCUGGUGGCGGCUAACGAGAGCUGAGCAGCAUCGAUCGGACAAACGGACUCUGAUCUAACUGAAUGACCCGUGUGCCAUGUCAGCUGCGUCUCGGCCAGCCCUUUACUCGUUCACUACACAAAAGCGACACACUCAUCGACUCUGAUGCUUAAACGUAGCACUUUGAGUGACUCUAGGCAAAUAAAUUUUCCUUCCCCUCCCCGGCAAUUAGAGUAUGAAAUCAUGAUGAAUGUUACCCACAUUGAGAAAUCCGGCUGCCAAUCAGCAAAGCACUGACACCAACACACUACCUCAAACCGCUUGACUGACUGGCACAGAAACUCCCGCACUGACUGACUGACUGACUGAACCGUUUGCGUGCACGGCGGUAUUUCCAGCUCACACACUCAGAAAAUUAAAUCAGGCGGUGGGACAUGAUGUUUAAAUACUCGCUUUGUACUGGUAUGAGUUCAGCAGAUUACUGAUUUUAAUUAGAAGACGCCUGGAAUGCGGUUCAACUAUUUGGUUAAGUGUGGAAAAAAGAAAAUGAGUAGGGAAUGUUUUUCUAUUUCUUUCCUUCUAUUCAUCAUUUUAUCCUUCCAGUACUUUCUUGUUUCUACCUUCUCCUAUCA